AGGGAGAGAAUUUCAUUAGAGGGUGAUAUGAUAAAAGAAAUACACAUUUAGGUUACUCUAAAGCUCUUGUAAAACAAUACAUAUAUAUGUUUUUAAGUUUUUUUUUUUUUUUAAUAGGAACUGGGGAGAAGGCUGGGGUUUCAUGCCUUCUGACCGAGCACUUGUCUUUGUGGAUAACCAUGACAACCAGCGAGGGCACGGAGCUGGGGGGGCAUCUAUUCUUACAUUCUGGGACCCCAGACUAUACAAAAUGGCAGUUGGAUUUAUGCUUGCUCAUCCCUAUGGAUUUACACGAGUCAUGUCAAGCUACCGUUGGGCAAGACAUUUUGUGAAUGGACAAGAUGUUAAUGAUUGGAUUGGGCCACCAAAUAAUAAUGGAGUCAUUAAAGAAGUUACUAUUAAUCCAGAUACUACUUGUGGCAAUGACUGGGUCUGUGAACAUCGAUGGCGUCAAAUAAGGAACAUGGUUAUGUUCCGUAAUGUAGUUGAUGGCCAACCUUUUACAAACUGGUGGGAUAAUGGUAGCAACCAAGUAGCUUUUGGAAGAGGAAGCAGAGGAUUCAUUGUCUUUAACAAUGAUGACUGGACAUUAUCUUCAACUUUGCAGACUGGUCUUCCUGCUGGUACAUAUUGUGAUGUUAUUUCUGGAGAUAAAGUUGGUGGUGAUUGUACAGGAAUUAAAGUCUAUGUUUCUGGUGAUGGCAAUGCUAGUUUUUCUAUUAGUAACUCUGCUGAAGAUCCAUUUAUUGCAAUUCAUGCUGAAUCUAAAUUAUAA